AUCAUACAUUGGCGCAUGUGACACACACGGGAGGAGUAAUCUUCGACGUGGUGAAUACAAUUCAACGCAAUGGCUUCAUGGAGGAAAACUGGUCUGACACUGGUGUUUAUCUUUGGAACUUACGUCUUCUGGACACUGAGGUUGAAACAUUCAGCCUUACCGAGCCCACUGAAACAGUCAAUCUGGAAGAUAUGGAAUUAGUAUCUUUUUCUACAAAUAAUCAGCAAACUAUUCCAACCGAUCCUGAAUCUGGCGUCGAACUACCAGCAUCACCUAUGGAUACACCAAUUGAACGUUCUAAAAUUCAAUCAUCAAGCAGGCAAGAUGAAGUGCAGACAGAGAUGGUCCAGGGCAGACUGAGAAAAUCCAGGAAGACUAAACACAGUAAUGACGAUGUACUCCAUAUGCAGUACCAGGUCUUAACAGGAGAGAGAGAGAACCAGAGUCUGAAAAAAGAAAAACUGAUAUUAGAGAAGCAGAGGUUGAAACUACAGAUUGAACUACUUCAACGCCUGUUGGCUCAGAAUGAUUUGGACGUUAACCUUAAUCCAACAUAGCUUCUGAUGUCUAUGCUGCAUUACUAAUUUCACAAUUAAUGAUGUCAUUGUUAUUGUAAUAGUUUGUUGAUAAUGAUUAAGUGAAUAAG